CAUAGUUGUUUAGAUAUUAUUUUCUCCUUUUUUUGUUAUUACUUAGUGGUGUUUGAAAAUAUGAAUCAACAUCGCAGUAGUGUGUAAAAAUAGUCUACGUGAACUAGAUUUUUUUAAAGAAAAAAAUAUGGGAAAGUUACGAGUUUUUGAAAUCGUUUUUGACAACGGCAAAUCUGUUUACAAUCCAUCUGAACUUGUGAAUGGUAAAUGUAUAGUAGAUUUGAGAGGUGACAUGAAAAUGAAAACUUUACGAAUUUUAAUGCGAGGUGUUGCUAAAGUGCAUUGGACGGAAUCUAGGAGUACAGGCAAUCGACUUGGUGCCUAUACAGAACAUUACAAUGCUGAAAUAGAAUACUUUUUAAAAAGACAAGUUUUAUUUGGUUCUGAAACUGGUGAUGGACGAGAAGUAUUAACCGAAGGUCGUCAUGAGUUUCAUUUCUCUUUUCAGUUACCAUCUGGAGGUAUUUCAACUUCUUUUGAAGGAAAAUAUGGAAGUAUUCGAUAUUGGUUGAAAGCAGAAAUGGAAAAACCUUGGACUUUUAAUCACAAAGCCAAAAAAGCAUUUACUGUCAUUUGUCCCAUAGAUAUUAAUCGUUCUGAAUAUUUGGUACCUGUUGAGAACAACAUGGAAAAAGUUCUCUGUUGUUGGUGUUGCACAUCUGGUCCCAUAUCACUAUAUGCUCGAACUGACAGAAAAGGAUACUGCCCUGGUGAAUCUAUAGCCAUCACUGCAGAUUUUGAGAAUCUUUCUAGUCGUACCAUUAUACCUCAUGCAACUCUUCAUCAGACACAAACUUUUCUAGCUGGUGGAAAAUCUCGAACAAGACACAGCAAAUACACAAUUGUCACGGGUCUUGCCAUUCAACCUGGCAGAACCACAAGUUGGGAUGCUCAACUUCUUAAAAUCCCUGCUGUCACUCCUUCAAUUAUCAAUUGUUGUCUGAUACGUGUUGAUUAUGCUGUCCGUAUAUCUUUGCAAAUUCCAGGCGCUUAUAAUUUGAGCAUGGAUCUUCCGGUUCUUAUUGGAACUGUCCCAUUGCGUCCUGCCAAUUAUCGUCAUAUGACUCCAAUUCUUGAAAAUGGAAAUGAAAUCCCUGAGAGUCCAAUGUACUAUCAACCUGCUCCACCAUACAGUGAAGUGGAUAUGUCUUCGAUUCCAGUAGAACCUCCCCCAACUUAUGCUGAAUGUGUAGAAGGCUCUGUUGAUAUAGCAGAUGAAGAUGAUGAUAACAUAAUUGGGGAUACUCGAUUUACUCCAAUGUAUGCCUAUGUCCACAGUUACCAUCAUCAGCCCCCACCAGCUUAUUCAGAAAUUGAUCCUCAAAAUAGACAACAAUAUAGUUAUAGUUCAGAAAUUAGUUGAAGUUAAAUCUUUUCUGAACAUUCAUCUCAAGUUUUGCAGAGCCUUUUGUGUGAAUAUGGUAUUCACUUCGUGGUGGCGGUUGGUGAUUGUCUUGAAAAGUGCUGAUGAAUACAUUUUCUUGUGCUUAAUCAUUUAAAUGUUUUUUUUUGUUGUGAUUUAAAGUUUGGUUUAGCAUUGUGUGAAGCUUUUAUGUUUCUAAGAAAUAAUAAUAAUAAAAGUAAAUUUAGUUACCUUAUAUUGUUUAUGCUUUGCUUCACAGGAAAGUAUAAAUAUUUUAGAUGUGUCUUUGACUUUCUAAUUGUUGUAUUUCAUGCAGUUUACAAAUUCUAUUUUUAAAAAAGCUUUUUACUGUUUCAUUUUAAUAACUAAUAAAAACUUUUUAAAUAUAAUUUGGAAUUUAAGUACGAACAAAAAUUUUGGGAUUCCUUAUGUUAUGUUUUAUUCAAGUAUUCAGAGCACAAAUUAUUUAUUCACUGUAACGCAUUGUGCAUAAAGAGUGUUCAUAGAUGUCUGUUGAGAAUAUGUUGUAUUUGUAUCUCAGUAAAUAGAGUUAUAAUACUGUCUGUUAGUAAAUGUUUUACUAAUAUUGCAUAUAAACUCUGAAUGUUGUUGAAAAUAUUCAGUAUGAAAACGACUUGAUUAUCCUUCCAAUUUUUCACAGAGUGAUAAAAAAAAUUAGUAGCUAAUUGCUAGUUGCUUAUUUACAUUUUUUUAUAUGUAUUGGUAGUAAUAUAUCA